AUGGCGGACACCACAGGUGCAGUGGCACACACAAUCACUCUGUACUCAUCUACGAUCUCAGAUUGCUCAGCACGUCUUCGCAUAGGUCUCCACCUCAAACGUCUCCCAUAUACUCUCGUGGAUGUCAACAUUUCGAGAAAUGAGCAGCUCGAUCCGAAAUAUGUCGACAUAAAUGAGGCGCUGACAGUGCCUACUCUCGUCAUCGACUACAAAACUAUCGGCCUGGACGACAAUGAGGAGAGAGUAGUACUUACUCAAUCCAUUGCCGCACUUGAAUAUCUGGACGAGGCUUUCCCAGGGACCCAUUCUAUCCUACCUCCCGUUAGUGAGCCGUUGGCCCGCGCAAAAUGGGGAAGACUAUCCAACACAACUUCCCAUGUGCUCAGUUCGGAAGCCGCAAAAGCAACGGGAAAUCGCGACUGGGAUACAAUCUGGAUCACCCGGGGACUCAAAGUCUAUGAGAAGCUCGCCAGCAAGACAGCUGGGACUUAUAGCUUCCGGGAUCAAGUGACGCUUGCGGACAUUGUUCUCUUACCAGAACUUUGGACAGCCUCGAGAGUCGGUGUCAACCUUGACCAAUAUCCGACUAUAUCAAGAAUCUUCAAGAACCUAAGUCAACUUGAUAGUGUUCAAAGUGCUCAGAUGGACCCUUCUUCGGAGUUGUAA